CUUUGCUCAUUAAUUAUAAACUAUGUCUGACAAAAAAAGUGCAACUUGAGGUGAGCAGCAACAGUUGAACCCUUUCUUGACGAUUACUUUACGGUGAAGCAACUAGAGACUUUUUUUUCUGGGAGCUUCCCCACGUUCUUAAACCAACCUUGUUCAUAUCUCCUCACCUUUCUUCUUCUUCUUCUUCACUUGGGACCUCGCUCUUCAAUGGACACUACUACUCACUAGCUAACAGAGCUGGAGGCCUGGAGCUAUUGAAAAAGUUCAAAUGGUCGAAAGUGAUCUCGCCCACCUCAAGCAAGAAAUGUCCCAGCUCACCAGCCAACGCCGAAUCGCCAGCUCCGGUACUCCGCAGCCCAAAACGAGCGGCAGUGCCAGUCGGCUGCCGUCGACUUUUAACUUGAGUGAUGCUCAGUAUCUCAACAUAUUGCAGUCGAUUGGGCAGUCUGUGCAUGCAAUGGAUCGUAGUGGUCGUAUAAUCUACUGGAACAGAAGUGCUGAAAAACUGUAUGGUUAUUCUUCGGAAGAGGCCCUUGGAAAGGUUUCCAUUAAGCUCAUUGUAGAUUCCCGGGACUUUGGUGUAGCAUAUAAUAUAGUCCACCGUGUCAUCCACGGGGAGAGUUGGACUGGGCAGUUCCCUGUAAAGCACAAAUCGGGGGCGAGGUUUUCAGUCAUUACAACAAAUACUCCAUUCUAUGAUGAUGCUGGCAGUUUAAUUGGGGUUGUUGCUACAUCAACUGAUUCUCAGCCCUUUUAUGAAAUGAGGGUUCCAAUGUCAGCUGAGAAGCAACCACAACAAGAUCUAAGCUUCAGCAGUCGUGAGGCUAGUGUUACAACUAAAUUCGGUGCUGAUCCUCAGCAGCCUCUGCCAAAAGCAGUUUUGUCAAAACUAACAGACUUGGCAUCGAAGAUGAGUUUCAAAGUCAAGUCGAAAAUUCAGGCAAGAGAAAACAACAUGGAUCCCAAAGGUGACAGCGAAGAUAGUCAUCAUCCGUUUCACGGUUCAGAUUCUGUCAUAUCUGCCAAUAGGGAGGAUGGGAAUGCAAGUGGGACUAGCACAGCUAUAGGAACUAUACCCCCAGCAACUCCUUUUGGUGUAUUUAACCAUGUUGAGAGCAAGCCUCUAGGAGAACCCUCCAUAGAUUCUGCCAGUGAGAGCAAAGAAAAAUCUUCAAUUCACAAGCUAAUUGCCUCAAAGGCAGAAGCAUGGAUUAGUAAGCAGGAAAUAUCAUGGCCUUGGAAAGGAAAUGAGCGAGAUGGGUCAGUGGCUAGGGCCAGUGGUUUUGUUUGGCCCUGGUUUCAUAAUGAUCAAGUCAAUGUUGCCAUUCCUCAGAAGAGUUAUUGUGUCUCAGAACCAGAAAUUCAGGUGAACGAAAGUAAUGGGCCAACAAAUGAUAAUGAUGAGACUCAAGGGUCCUGGACCUCUCCAUUGGAUAUUAACAGCAUAAGCUGUGCCAUCAGCCUUAGAAGCACCAGUAGUGCUUUGGCUACGGUGGAUGUGGACACUGAUUGCUUGGAUUAUGAAAUCUUAUGGGAAGACAUGAUAAUUGGAAGAAAGAUUGGGCAAGGUUCAUGUGGAACUGUAUACCAUGGUCAGUGGGAUGGAUCAGAUGUUGCCAUUAAGGUAUUCUCCAAGUUUGAAUAUUCGGAUGAUUUGUUACUUUCCUUCAAACAAGAGGUAUCCCUAAUGAAAAGGCUUCGACAUCCAAAUGUUUUGCUUUUCAUGGGAGCGGUGACUUCACCUGAGCGUCUCUGCAUUGUCACAGAGUUCCUCCCACGCGGAAGUUUGUAUCAAAUACUACAGAGGAACCCAUCAAAACUAGACUGGAGACGACGUAUUAAUAUGGCUAUGGAUAUAGCAUGGGGCAUGAAUUAUCUUCACCAUUUCAACCCACCAAUCAUUCAUCGAGACUUAAAGUCUUCAAAUCUCCUAGUUGAUAAGAACUGGACUGUCAAGGUCGGCGAUUUUGGUCUUUCACGUUUUAAGCAUGAAACUUUUCUUAUAAACAAGAGUGGCAGGGGAACGCCUCAAUGGAUGUCACCAGAAUUUCUACGUAGUGAACCCUCAGAUGAGAAGUCUGACAUAUAUAGCUACGGGGUGAUAUUGUGGGAGCUUGCUACCGAGAAGAUUCCUUGGGAUAAUCUAAACCCAAUGCAGGUGAUUGGAGCUGUUGGAUUCAUGAACCAAAGACUGGAGAUCCCAAAAGAUGUGGACCCAAAGUGGGCUUCUAUAAUUGAGAGUUGCUGGCGCAGUGAUCCAGCUAGCCGGCCAACAUUUCUAGAACUGCUCGAAAAGCUUAGAGUGUUGCAUAGACAAUAUAAUCUUCAGUUCAAAGCAGCACGUUCCGCCUCUAAUGAGAGCACCCAAAAAGAAUUGUAAUCACCAGGCCACGUUUUUGUCCAUUGGGUUUCAUUAUUUCAUUCACCACAUUGGUAGAUGAAGCAGCCACUCUCAGAUACUUCCACAGUUCCACCUGGUAUUGAAAAGUGGUAAUGGUAAUUAUUAUCGUUUAUUUUCUUAGCAGUCUAAGUCAAAAGAUAAUGCGCUUUCUGUAACACAGUUCUAAUUCCACUAUCUGCCAUCUUCUUUCAUAAAAAGAUCACUUAGCUUAGUGCAACUCUAUCCUUCUUAUAUUGUGCAUGUCAUGAAUGUUAUUAUUCUUUUGGUAUUUAAUUAACAUGGUGUGAAUGUUGGUAUUCCCUGGUGAAUCUCCUAUCGUGAACUAGUUCUAUAGCAGUCGAUAGAGGACUCAGCUCAGGAGGGCCAAGCCUGGAGCAUGUGAAGGAAGAUUCUAAAAAAGCUCAUGAAUGGCGAAGUCCAAUAUAUCAGAGAAGAAGGAUGUUAUUGGAGCUUCCUGUCACUCCAAGAGGCACAAGGAGUGAUGAUUAG